AUACAUGGGAAAGUUCGUUGAUUAGUUCAGAUCCGAAGCUCCCUCCCUCUCUCCUUGCAAAUCAAUGUCGGGUACCACGGGUUUACAGCACACGACUUUGAAUAAUUUGAAGAAGAAAGAACAAAACGGCUGCGCUUGAGAGAUAUAUUAUUGCUUUUUGUAUGCAUUCUUGGGCAAUUUCGACGUCUAUGACCAUGACCCAGCAGAGAAAAUUGUGUAUAAAUCAUUGAAAUCAAGAUAAGAACAAAACCCGGAUCUUGUAAUUCCAUUCCAAUGGCGAAAGCUCGUUUGAUUGUAGCGGAUUUCGUGAUUUCUUUCAUGUAUGCAUGGUCGGGCGCUAUGAUAAAGAUAUUUGUGUACCAGAUUUUGGGGCUGGGUUAUGACCAUCAAGGAGAGAUUGUCAAGGGUGCUUUGUCGAUCGCCAACAUGUUCUUCUUUGCAUUUUUGGGGAAGAUUAGCAAAGGAGGGGGUUACAAUCCUCUCACUGUUCUUUCUUCUGCCAUUUCUGGGGAUUUCAGUCAGUUUCUCUUCACUGUUGGGGCUAGAAUUCCUGCUCAGGUAAUCGGAUCUAUUACCGGGGUUAGGAUCCUGAUUGACAUCUUCCCUCAAGUAGGACUGGGUCCACGUUUGAAUGUUGAAAUCCAUCAUGGUGCACUGACUGAAGGAUUUCUAACAUUUGCAAUUGUUAUCAUCUCACUCGGGCUAGCAAUAAAGAUCCCUGGAAGUUUUUUCAUGAAGACUUGGAUAUCAAGUGUAUCAAAGUUAGCUCUUCAAGUACUCGGGUCUGAUCUGACGGGUGGAUGCAUGAACCCAGCAUCUGCGAUGGGAUGGGCUUAUGCUCGUGGUGAUCAUAUAACCAAGGAGCACAUACUCGUAUACUGGCUUGCACCGAUAGAGGCAACUCUCCUAGCUGUAUGGACAUUUAGAUUGGUAGUUCGGCCACAGAAAGAGCAGACUAAAUCUGAAUGAAUGAAUUCCAAUUCUUUUGCGUUUUAACUCUGCUGGAUGAACAAACGUAUUAGCUUUGGAGAAGGUAAAUGUGGACAAGAUUAACCACCACACAGCACUGAAGAAAUUCUCUGUAUUUUGCAAAGUAUUCCUUUGAGUCAUUAUUCUGUACAGAUUUUUCAUUUUAUGUUUCACAUCUUCCCUCGUUAUCCCUCCCUACGAGUCAGUCAAUUAGUGUAGCCGGAUGAUAUCCAAUCAUCUGCUCGAAAUUGACUUUGAAACUACCAGUAACUCUUAUGCAGAAUAUGAUUGUUCUGCUUUCUUUUGUCUAUACAUUGUAUUUUGUCUUCUCAGUAAUCCUGCUCUACAGCUUAUGUUUGCUUUCAUAAGUUGUGCUAAUGACAUAGCAUAGUUGCUGUCUCUGUCUCAUC